AUGAGCGCGGACGUCAAGAAGAUUGCCCUCUACCUGAGCUCCGCAGGCUUCACAGCCAAAGAUGAGAAGACUUCUAGCAUUCUCAAAGAAGAUGACGGAAGUCUCAUUGAGCAGAACGUCGACGGCGUCGAUAUCAUUGAUGAAGUCUUCAUUGCCGAGGAUGUCAAACCAGACACAUCCGCCUUGUACAUCAACAGAGCAGAUCGGUGCAUGAUCAUCUAUGUCACCCAGUCCAACACUCUCGGGUGCGUCGAGCGCACUUCUGCCCCCGAAGACGAGCCAGAAUGGACGGAAGUACCAAUCACCGGCGUCGGCACCAUUUCCGUGUCUGCCAAAAGUCGCAUCGCUGGCACAAACACAGCCGACGGAGCUCAGGUGUUCUUCCAGCACUCAGACGGCUCCAUCAAGAGCAUCCUAUAUGACGACGAGACGAAGAAGUGGGAGGAGGGCGACGACGUCCCCGCUUCAGCGGCGGCAGGCACGCCGUUGUACGUGAUGGAGCUUGAGGACGCGCAGGGGUUGUUCUACCUCAGCAACGAGCGCAAGAUCUGUGGACAGCUGCAGAACAACGAGACUGGCGAGUGGAAAGAACACCUUAUCCCGAAUUCGUUCUUCGAAGAUGGCGCCAGCAGCUUCAUCUUGAUCUGGGAUGGAGAGCAGAAGGCAAUCAACGCCUACGUCCUCGCUACCGCCACCCUCGUCCACAUCGACGGCGGUGGAGGCAGGAAGGUCCUUGGAAAGUGGGAGAGCGGUGCGUUUGUCCCCGACACGGCGGCGGAGUGCGGCCUGAUAAUCAACAUUUUUAUUGGUAUCUUUAGCAAGCUUGCUACCUUUCGGAAUGAUAUCACCGAUAUCAUGGUCUACAGUUUCUAG